CCUCCUCCACCUCCUCCUGCUCCUCCUGUUCUCCCUGCAGUUUUGGGUACAGCUAACCCUGCUCCCAUCCUCCUGCAUCCGGCUAACCUGACCAGCCAGGCCAGCGCUGUGCAGGUUUUUCAGCUCCCUGAUGGCCGAUUUCUGGUCCCUUUAGAAUACCUGAUGCCAGUGCACGACGCCCGCCCCGCUGCAGCCACCCCGAGCCCCUGCUGCUCACAGAAGAGAAAGCGCGUGAAUGAGGAGGAGCCGCCAUACAUCAAGAAGCCACCCAACGCCUUCUUGCUCUUCUUGAAGGAGCAGAGGGCGGCUGUGGUGGCUGAGCUUGGCAUCACCGGCAGCGCGGCCGUGAACACCAUCUUGGGGGAGAGAUGGAGGGCCUUGUCUACUGAGCAGCAGGGAAAGUAUUUCCAGGAGGCCAAUUUGUUGAGGCGCCAGCAUGAACUGCAACACCCCCAAUGGUCCAGCAUGGACAACUAUGGCCAGAGGAGGAAGAGGAGGCGCCAGAGGGGCACAGCUACCAGCAGCUCUGGAGGUGACAUGUGA